AUGAGUAACGACGAGAUUGAACAGCGCUGCACUGUGCUACGACAGGAACUGAAGGUAUGGGAAAAGAAGUUCGCCACCGAAAACAAUGGUCGGAAGGCGGGACGCGAUGAUAUCAAGGCCAAUGCCGAGAUCUCACAAAUGUACAAGGAAUACAACAAGCUACGAGUACGAUUAUCCAGCAAAGCCGCGCCGCAGACCCCCUCGAAGCGCGCCCCAAGCCGAAAAGCGAGCCUCGAUGUCCAACGCACACCAAAAGCCGCGCCCAAACCCAAUCUGUCCACGCCGAUGAAGAGGAAGAGGGAGGAUGAAGAUACACUAGAGAACGUGGAUUACGCAGCCGAGCUGCUCUCUCCACAAGGACCUUCCGUCAUAGGACCCACGCCUCAGCGCGAUGGCAUAGUGCUAGGUCUCUUCGACCAGCUCCCGUUCGCGCAAGGCACCCCGAGCAGACCGAGGACUGUACUAGGAGAUGUAGGACUAAAUGUACCACAAACACCGAGUAGGAGACUACAAGACGCAGCAAGCGAGACGUCGCUGGAGUCAAGAGCACGGGGGGAGCGGACCCCGCUGUCGGCCGGGAAGCGAUUCCUCCUGAAUCAGUUCGUCACACCAAAGAAGAGGAGGUUAGACGAGCAGGGUACACCGUCAUCUACAACCAGAGGCCUAGCUACACCUGCUUUCCUGAAGAGAGACAAUGUUCUGAGCGCUAUUGGCGAAGAGGAGGAGGAACCCAUAUCGCGGCCAGCGCCUUGGAUGCGCCGUGGCCUUGGGCGCAGUCUGAGCUCUAUGAUACAAGCCAUGAGGAAAGACGAGGAGGACCAACUUGACAAAGAGGCGGAUAUUAUGCGCGAAUUGGAAAUGGAGGAACAAGGCAUCACCGUACCCAAGAAGUCUAAAGCGCCGCAGAUCUUGAUCGAAGAUAGCCAGGCGGCAAUGCCCCUAGGCCCGGACCGAGGCCUUGAGUCUGAUGAAGACAGCGAGGAAGAGCCACAACUUGGUCGUGACGGCAAGCCGCGAAAGGCUUGGAAGAAGAAGGGCUUGAAGAGGCAGACACGGCGAGUGAUAAUGCGUCCGAACGUCGUAAAGCCCAAACCAAUACCAGCCGUACAGACACAUGACGAAUUAGACGAGGAGCAAGCAGCCGUCCCUGAAACACAAGUACCAGCAGACAUAGCAGACGAGUUUGGUUCUGAUCUGGAUGGAGACUCCGACUACGCGAGUGACGCUUCACAUACCCCGAGGAGACGGAAAGUGCCAGCAAAGAAACCAGAGCAAGCAAAGGAGAAGCCGGUCAAAGAAGGCGUCCUGAAGACGGCGGCCCGAAAGAUCAAGGCUACGGCAAAUGCCAAUUAUCGGAGACUCAACAUCAAGGGCAAGGCAGCGACUGGUGGAGGUGGAAAGGGAAAGUUUGGGAGAAGAAGAUAA